AUGGCGGCAGAGUACAAGCAAAUUUUGAAUGAAAUUCAAAAACAAAAUGGUAACAAGAACUGUGUGGAUUGUGGAGCACCGAAUCCACAGUGGGCUUCAGUUUCUUUUGAAAUUGAUGUUCGCGAUUUCAAAUAUGAUGUCAAGGAAACAUCAACAAGUGGUUUUGUUCGUUCAAUCACGAUGGAUAAAUGGUAUGAAGAUCAAAUAAAAAAGAUGAAACUUGGAGGUAACACAGCAUGGCGAGACUUUUACGAAGCUUCAUCAGAUUAUUAUCCAGAGAUGUCUUUAAAAGAUAAAUAUCAUAGUAGCUUUGCAUCAAGUUACCGAGAAAAGUUAACAGCGCAAUGUGAAGGAAGAAAAUGGACAUCACCAUCUUCAACAUCAAUGAGUCGCCAAUCAAACCGUCCUACAUCAAUCAGUAGCAAACGUACUUCUGUUCAAACACCUAAUCGAGCAGACACAUCAAGCCCUUCGUCUUAUAAAUCAUAUCAAUUAGAUAAUAAUACUAAUGGGGCUUUACCAAACGAGACACGUAAUGAAGCAUAUUUUGCAAAUCUUGGACGGGCUAAUGAAAUCAGACCGGAUAAUGUACCACCAAAUCAAGGCGGAAAAUAUACUGGAUUUGGUAAUCCAGCAUUUACAAAUGAACCUUCAUCGACCUCAAAAUCUGCACCGGAUCUAGACGAAUUAAUCAAAAACCCAGUUGGUGCUUUGACUAAAGGUUUAAACUUUUUAGGAUAUCAUGUCGUAGAAGGUGCUAAAUUGGCUGCUCAAGGUGCAGAAACCCUAGGACAUACUGUUAAUGAGCACGUGAUAAAGCCUACUACCGACAAAGUCAGAGACCCGGAAUUCACUCAACAAAUUUCUGGAAGUAAUUCACCAUUAAAUCGUACUAAUGUUACUACGCGUUCUGCGUCGCCAAAAUCUUCUGCUAGUUCAACUACACGAAGAAGGGGUGAAUCGAAAAAAGACGAUGGAUGGGAAGAUGAAUGGAGUAGUUGGUGA